UUUCCGUUAGCAGCCCGUGGUCAGUGAGAGGGCCAGUCGAGUUGAUGUGGACAGAAUUUUACUUAUUUUGAAGCACAGGCCGCUUUAAAUCCGGCUGAGGAGAAACAAUGACAAACUGAAGGACCUGAAAUAAUGCUUGCGCUAUCGUAGGGGAUUUGGAAAUGGCCAUAAGGGAGCUGAAAGUGUGUCUCCUCGGGGACACAGGAGUUGGAAAAUCAAGCAUUGUUUGCAGAUUUGUCCAGGAUCAUUUUGAUCACAACAUCAGUCCAACUAUUGGCGCUUCAUUUUUAACAAAGACUGUCCCAUGUGGAAAUGAGCUUCAUAAGUUCCUGAUCUGGGACACUGCAGGUCAGGAGCGGUUUCACUCUCUGGCCCCGAUGUACUACAGAGGCUCUGCUGCUGCCGUCAUUGUGUAUGACAUCACCAAGCUGGACUCGUUCCACACACUGAAAAAGUGGGUAAAGGAGCUGAAGGAGCACGGCCCAGAGGACAUCGUGGUGGCUAUAGCAGGAAAUAAGAAUGACUUAGGUGACAUACGGGAAGUUCCCACGAGCGAUGCCAAGGAGUUUGCCGAGUCGAUUGCGGCUAUAUUCAUCGAAACCAGUGCAAGAAAUGCUGUGAAUGUUGAGGAAAUCUUUCAAAGUAUUAGUCGGCAGAUCCCCCCACUGGAGAACGCAGAAGUGGAGAGCAACGAGUCGUUCAAGAUCACACGCCAGCAAUCUUCAACAUCUAGACGCUGCUGUUAGAGAAGUGUGAAAUUUAGCAUUUGCUGUUCCUCAUAGCUGGAUAUUUAAGUCUUAUAUUUAAGUUAUAUUAUAUUACUUAAAUAUUAAAGAUAUUUAAGUUAGCCAUCAUAACCUGUAACAUGAUGUUAGCCUGACUUUAGUACUUCAAUUGAAGGGGAAACAAACGUUUUAGCAUUUGCAGUUUUAACGAUUCAGCAUGUUGAGAAGUGAAAAGGAACAAAAAUAGAUUUACAGUAUUUACAUGUUUAGUGCAAUUCAGUAAAACAGAGUUAGCAGGCUAACUCGAACAAUACGUUUGUAAAGAAAAAAGCAUUACAAAGCUUAAACGUGUAGAGCCGUCUUGCAUUUCUACCAAACUUUCUAAGCGGGAUGAAUUGUAUUAAACACUAUGCUCACCAUCGCAGUGGCCUUCUACGACUGGUUUAAAAGUAUGAAACGUCUUAUUAAAUGCGUCGUCACAGCCAUUACUGCUGAUACCAGUUUCGAGGUCGAGUCUCAGCAGUUCUGCUAGUCAGGCCUGGCGCUCAGUAGACACAAUUGGUCGUGUCUGAGGAAGUAUGGAAUUAUAGCGAGAGUAAUGUGGUUCUCUGCAUCGGCCAGUUUAAACAUAAUACAGUAGAAUGUUUUAGGGGUUCAGGUUUUAGUGUGGGCACAAGGGCAAAACAGAUGAGUAAUGCAACAUUUAUUAAUUUAGUGUCGGCUAGACCUGAGAAUCUUAACAGCCAUAUAUUUACAAUAUGCAGUAGGAGGACAAGACCAGGAGCUUUUGGAAUUGAUUUUAGAGAUGCCUUUUUGUUCAGAUGGGUUAAAAAUUAGUGGUCUAAUUGUUUACAUGUUUUGUUUACUGUAUUUAUUUCCUCUCAGCUGCCAAAAUUUGAGGACUCGAAACAUUCCAAAAAGUGUCUGACUCGGAAAUCGUCUACCCCAUCGUUACUUAACAUAGUGUUUCAUAUCAGAGUUGGUGUAAACACGUUCUCUACGCAUACAAAAGACGAACAACAUCAAUGCAAUACUGACAACACUGUCAGCAAGAAGGUCCUGGGUUCGAUCCCCAGGUGGGGCGGUCCGGGUCCUUUCUGUGUGGAGUUUGCAUGUUCUCCCCGUGUCUGCGUGGGUUUCCUCCGGAUGCUCCGGUUUCCUCCCACAGUCCAAAGACAUGCAGGUGAGGUGAAUUGGAGACACUAAAUUGUCCAUGACUGUGUUUGAUAUAACCUUGUGAACUGAUGAAUCUUGUGUAAUGAGUAAUUAUCGUUCCUGUCAUGAAUGUAACCAAAGAGUGUAAAACAUGACGUUACAAUUCUAAUAAACAAACAAACAGCCCCCCCCCUCCCCCACCACCAUAUAAGAAAUCAAUUACACUUGAUUACCCCCUCACAGGUAAAGUCUUUCAUGAAUUCCUAUAAAGAAACAUAUUGACCCCCACUUUGACCUUUUAAAGAUGGAACCUUUUAUUCAGCCAUGAUAAUAACCAUAGCAGCUGACAUUAAGAAUUGAAUUAAGAAUCGAGUUGCUGUAUUAGGUUUGUUAGGAUUGUCUGAAGUGGAUUGUUAAAGAUGGAGCAGUCAUGCUUCUAGUUGUUGCCCUUAAGGCAUACAGUCAGUAUUUAUUUCUUAAUUAUAAAGUAUUAAGUAUUAAAUAGUAACAAUUUGCCAAACGCUAUUUCCUGCCAUACUUUAUUUAAAGUGCCAGACAUUAGCACAUGAUCAUUUCCAGCUUCAUAGUCAUGAAGCUUUUAACAUUUAGCUUUUAACAGCUAACCCGUGGUUUCUUGACGUCAGCGUCUUUAUAGGGCUCAGUUUCUCCCAGUUCUCAAUCCCUACUGAGUCUUUCCUGUCAUGGGACAGCUACCAUUCCAGGAGGUUAAACAGUUCGUGUCCUCAGUUUAAAUAUGUUAAAAAGAUCAUUGAAACUUCUGGGGGAAGAAAACGAAUCAAAAUUCCUUCAAACUGAGGAAGAUUUUGUUCUAAAAUAAUAAAUAUAAAAGCCCUGAAAUAUUUUCUGAACAAAUUGUACCUCAUUUAUUUGAACAUUAUAUCUGAGCCUAAAGUGGCUUAAAAGUGCCUUUUCAUUGGUGAAUAAAUGGCAAGUGACUUAGCACUUUCACAAUCAAAGUGGAGAAAAAUCAUGCUCCGUAUUUUAGGGCUCACCACCAAACCUGAUGUGGCCCAGGUUUUAAUGUUAAAUUCUUUUACUUGCGCAACCCUUCUUAUUGUUUAUUAUUAAAAAUACACACAAUAAGACAAACUGGCUUUAAAUAUCUCCUAUCAGGGAAACAACCCCUUACUCUAUUUUACUUUCACACUUAGUAAAGUCUCAGGAUCUCCAAAUUGUGUAGUUUUCAGUUUGCAUACAUCAUGCAUCAGAUCACCAUGAUUGGUGCACCAAUUUUGUUUAUCAGCUCACAGACUCCUGUUACUUUGAUGGCUGUUGUGAAAGGAGCACCUUUUGGAUUGUUGUGGUACUGUCAGGGAGCACAUGCUCGGUUGGCAGUAUACGUAUAGGAUUUGUAUUUCGUGUAACAUGAGUGUACUAUUUAGAUUAUAUAGUGUCAUUUUUACCAAGUUAUAGGUAUUCAAAAUGUUGCCACUAAUUUAUAUAGGAUGUUUAACUAUCAAAAAACUGUUUGCUUAUUUUGACUAAUUUGUUAAGUGUGUUUAAAUUGUGGUACUGUAAGGAAUGAAGUUAUUGCUUAAUCUUAAUUUUUUAGAAAUAUUAUGUGCAUGCCAACAGCAAGUGCCUUAUAAAUAUUUACACAAUGUAAAAGUUGAUUUAGCUUUUAAUAUGUAGACAUGUAAGCAUUUAGGGACCUGGGAAGGAGGCAUGUCUAUCCCUUUUCAGAUGGUGAUUUCUUUAAAGUAACAUUAACAAUGAUGUUUCAGUGUUGUUAUGAGUUAAAUGUGGAUAUUUCGUUGUCCGUCCAAGUUAAUAAAAGCACUUUUCCUUUUUGAAGAAUAUAUCACAGGACCAACCACAAGGGGGCAGUAUGAGCACAAGUGAUGUGUUAUUAUAAAGCUGCAUUGUGUUCAUGGCAAAAACAGUGUGUUGUAUUGCAAGGACUUUACUAUUCUGGCACUAUAGUACUCCACAUGGCCUAAACCUACAUCUGGUUUGUACUGAAGAGCCGAGUAAACUAAACAAGGUUUGUCAAAACAGCUGUACAGUAAAAUGGAGAAGUCUAGCAGCAACAGCCACACAGCUGCAAAGUGCUCGACCAAACAAGCUUACAGGGACUGCAGGGACCACUGAGUGUUGUAUUCUGAAAGAAAGUACAUCCACAGUCGUAGUGGUGUAAGUGCUGUUGGUGUUUGAAGCAUGCAGCUUGCUAAAUGCAAUAUAGGGUGUAUCCAAAACAUGCAGGAUUAUAAAGGAUGUUUUUGCUUUUUAUAUGCCUGUGCAUUGUUUACCAAUACUGCCAAUAAUCUUUACUUAUUAAUGCUCGUACUCUUUAGAUAAAUUAUUUAUCUGAAUGCAACUCUAACAGUCUGUAAUAAGCAGUUUUUAAAUAAAUGUGUAUUUGUAUUA